AUGGCUUUCAACAAUGGCGUCCCCGCCACCGGCACUGGCCUCAUCGCCAGUUUUGGGGAGAUGCUCAUCGACUUCGUCCCCACAGUUUCCGGCGUAUCGUUGGCAGAGGCUCCGGGGUUCCUAAAGGCCCCCGGCGGCGCCCCAGCCAACGUCGCCAUCGCCGUCGCGAGACUCGGUGGCAAGGCCGCCUUCGUAGGCAAACUCGGGGAUGACGAGUUUGGCCACAUGCUCGCCGGAAUCCUGAAGGAGAACGGGGUCCGCUCCGACGGAAUCACCUUCGACCAGGGAGCCCGCACAGCCCUGGCGUUCGUGACCCUACGCGCCGACGGAGAGCGUGAGUUCAUGUUCUACCGGAACCCCAGCGCCGACAUGCUCCUCCAACCAGAAGAGCUCAACCUCGAACUCAUCAGAUCUGCAAAAGUUUUCCAUUACGGAUCAAUUAGUUUGAUCGUGGAGCCAUGCAGAUCAGCACAUUUGAAGGCAAUGGAAGUUGCCAAAGAAGCUGGUUGCCUGCUCUCCUAUGACCCCAACCUCCGCCUCCCCUUGUGGCCCUCUGCUGACGAAGCUCGUAAGCAAAUACUCAGCAUAUGGGAGAAGGCUGAUUUGAUCAAGGUCAGUGAUGUGGAGCUUGAGUUCCUCACAGGAAGUGACAAGAUUGAUGAUGCUUCUGCUUUGUCAUUGUGGCACCCCAAUUUGAAGUUGCUCCUUGUCACUCUAGGGGAAAAUGGUUCCAGAUACUACACCAAGAGUUUCAAAGGAUCAGUAGAUGCUUUUCAUGUCAACACAGUUGAUACAACUGGUGCCGGUGAUUCCUUUGUUGGUGCUCUGUUGUCCAAGAUUGUGGAUGAUCAGUCCAUCCUUGAGGAUGAACCAAGAUUAAGAGACGUACUCAAGUUUGCUAAUGCAUGUGGAGCAAUUACAACUACCAAAAAGGGAGCAAUUCCCGCCCUUCCAGAAGAGGAGGAUGCAUUGAAACUGAUCAAAGGGGCAUAG